GCACCUUAUAUAAAACUGUCCCUCUCAGUGCCUCCCGCUGCCCCCUCUGCUUCUGCUCACCAGCGUUCGCCACGCGAGGGCAGUCUCGACCACGUUCGCUUAUCCAACGGUUUUAUUACAUCAUGACAAGCCCAUUCCACGGCCACAUGGCCGAGUCGACUCCCCAUACAACGCCUGGAGCUACAGGCAGAAGCAUCACUGGCCGAGGGAGCCUACUGACACCACCGCCAACACCCACCCCACCAACGACGACAGCCAUCAGCGCUGAUCCGAAUGUUGGCUACAAGAUUCGCGUUCUGCUACACGACAUGAUCAACUAUUCCACGGACUCUGCCGCAAAGGAGCGCCUUGACGAAGUCCUCCACCCUACGUACAUCAGUGCGCCGUACUUCAGGGAGGUGAAGGCGCAGUGGAUCAGGCAUGCCACUGUCGAUGCCACGUUUGACUUGCGCACUGCGUCCACCUCCUCCUCUCGCGCAGUCCCCCUGGAUAUCAACUGGAUGCUGGCGCCGCUGAAGCUGGAGGGCAUGGCCUUUGAGGAAGCAGUGCACAAAGCACUGAACGCGUUCGAUUAUGCAAACAGGUGCAAGGCGAGCGGCGACUUCCGACCCUGCUCACAGAAUCUACUUGCGCCUUUGUACGCUAGCCUGUUUGGCAUCAAGCUCGAGGAACUGAAAGAUGAGCAUUUCCUGACUCGUCUGCGAAAGUGUGGUGUCUAAAGGACUGGACUGGACUGGACGGGGACAUCGGACAGCAGGCAACCAUUGACAGGGCUGGCCCUUAUGAUAUCAAGAUUGGAACGAACUCAGGUCCUUGCGGUUUUGGAGAGCAUGCACUUUUGAUGAAUGCAUUAACAAAAGCACG